AUGCCUAGAGCGGACAUCAGUUGCAGCGACAGCUGGGCUUCUUCCGUCAGCAGCAGCUGGGAUAGAUCGUACCAGCAUAUUAGAACAAAUGUGAGUAGCUCCGCGUUACAUCUGCACGGAAGUCCACCUCCGUCAUACCAGCCUCCGCCAAGCAUAUAUUCCAUAAAUCCUGGAAACAGCUUGAAUUUUUCGUGCAAAGAUCGCGGCCAGCAAGAAAUGUCCCCGGACUCUCCUACAUGGCGACAAUUGCACAUGUGCCGCGCCAAACUCAAAGCAACAUCCACUACGUCAGAACUGCUCUCUGGAUUCGCUAUGAUCGCAAUGGUCGAGCUACAGGUUUCAAAGGUUCGUAAUACACCAGGCCACUCUGGUCUCAUCAAACACAGAGCAGUGUCUCGCGACCAAAACGAUUUGGUUCUGGAGUGGAUGAGCGGGCUUCACCAGGUAAACGACCAUUCUAGAGCGCCGCAGUGGUUGCUCGUGUGCUUCGCCGUGACAACAACGAUAUUAGUUUCAGUGCAUAUAUUUGCAUUGAUGGUAUCAACAUAUGUACUUCCACAUUUAGAUCUUGCAACAAAGUUAUCUAACGAAAGCGCUUUAACGGAUUGCCCGCAUUAUAAAUUGAAGAGUUACAUCGAUCUAGCUUGGGUCUUAAGUACAUUUCUAGGUCUGAUACUAUUUUUAAUGGAAAUUGCUAUACUUUGCUGGGUGAAGUUUUGGGAUUUUUCCCGAAAAGCGGCGGCAUCGGCUACUGCAAUUGUGAUGCCCGUUUUGCUAGUUUUCUUGGCGUUUGCUUUAUACUAUCACUGGUCCCUGGUAAUCGCAAGAUGCUGCGCAUGGAACAAGCACAAACGGAAACCAAAACAAAAUAAUCCUGUAUAG